GACCUGCGUGAGAGGAUGGAGGUCAUCGCCGUGGCGACGCAGGGUGCUUCGGGCAGCUCUGAUUGGGUGACCAGAUACACGCUGCUGUACAGCGACACGGGACGAGACUGGAAACAGUACAGACACGAGGAUUACGCUGGAGUUUUCCCAGGAAACACAGACGCUGAUGGUGUGGUCCAUCACAAGCUGCCGCACUCCAUCCGGACACGAUACCUGCGUUUCCGGCCGCAGGACUGGAGCGCUGAGGGCUGGAUCGGCCUGCGAGUAGAAGCGUACGGCUGCUCCUACAAGUCGGACGUGGCCGAUUUUGACGGCAGGAGCGCUCUGCUGUACCGCUUCAAUCAGAAGUCCACGAGCACGGUGAAGGACGUCAUCUCUCUGCAGUUUAAGAGUGCGAGAUCGGAUGGCGUCCUGGUCCAUGGUGAGGGUCAGAGAGGAGACUACAUCACGCUGGAGCUUCAGCGCGGCCGUCUGGCCUUACACAUCAACCUGGACGAUGCGAAAGCCCAUCCCAGUAGCGCUCAUGUCUCAGUCUCUCUGGGAAGCCUCCUGGAUGAUCAGCACUGGCACUCGGUCCUGAUCGAGCGCUUCAACAAGCAGAUAAACUUCACCGUGGACCGAAUGACGCGCCAUGUUCGCUCCGGAGGAAUAGGGCACUCGCUGGAGGUCGACUAUGAACUCAGUAUCGGCGGCGUUCCUCUGCCCGGAAAACCGGGAACGUUCCUGCGCAAGAACUUCUGCGGUUGUAUGGAGAACCUCUACUACAACGGCGUGAACAUCAUCGACCUGGCCAAGCGCAAGAAACCACAGAUCUACAGCGUGGGUAAUGUGACAUUUUCCUGCUCUGAGCCUCCUUUGGUCUCGGCCACGUUCCUGAGCUCCAGCAGCAGCUUCCUGCAGAUUCCGGUGGAUUUAUCAGCGAUGGGUGUGGAGACGUUGGGAUGGAGCGCGAGUUUCCAGUUUCGUACAUGGAACAGAGACGCCUUGCUCAUGUGGAUCGGCCUGCAGGGGGCGGAGAAACUUCUCCUGCUGCUGAGCGACACACAGCUGAGGCUCACACAUCACCGAUCAGCACUACAGAGCUCCGAGAUCACCGUUGGUCGCAGUCUGAGUGAUGGACUCUGGCACUCCGUCUCAGUCCAGCUGAAUGGACAUCAGGCUUCUGUCUCCGUGGACACCGAUUCUCCAUCCAGCAUGAUGCUCGGAUCUCACACACAGCCCGGGAACACUGUAGUAAUUGGAGGCUGUCCAACAUCAUCAGCCAAUCAAGGCUGUCGGAACCCCACCCUGGCCUAUCAGGGCUGCAUGCGCUCCAUCGUCCUCAAUAACCAUCCAGUCAACCUGUACCGUCUGCAGCAAGGCCUUCUGGGUAACUACAGCGAGCUCCAAAUCGACAUCUGUAGCAUACAAGACAGGUGUUUGCCCAAUUACUGUGAGCAUGGUGGUGAAUGUUCUCAGUCCUGGAGCUCUUUCAGCUGUGACUGCUCUGGUACAGGAUACACCGGAGCGACCUGCCACAACUCCAUCUUUGAAAUGUCAUGUGAAGCACACAGGUUGGCAGGAAGCUCCUCUGGAUUUUUUUCAAUUGACCCAGACGGCAGCGGGCCGCUCACACACACCGUUGUCUACUGCAACAUGAGUGAAGAGAAGGUGUGGAUGGUAAUUGGUCAUAACAGCUCAAAGCCGGUGCAUGUUCAGGGUUCGAGUUUUCAGAAGCCACAUGUAAUGAAGCUGAACUACAGCGCGUCACUGCUGCAGCUCACAACCCUGCUGCACAGAGCGCAACACUGCCAACAGGAAGUGAUUUAUCGCUGCAGGAAGUCCCGUCUCUUCAACACCUGGGAUGGCACUCCGUUAUCAUGGUGGAAGGACAGAGCAGGAGAUAAGCGGACGUACUGGGCCGGGUUCUUGCCUGGAGUUCAGCAAUGUUCCUGCAGUUUGGCUGAAAACUGCAUCGAUUUCAACCACUUCUGCAACUGCGACGCAGACCGCAGCUCUUGGGAGAACGAUACAGGAUUGCUGUCCUAUAAGGAGCAUCUUCCUGUCACUGAGAUUGUGGUGGGAGACACAAACCGAAGCGGCUCAGAAGCUGUGUACCGAGUCGGCUCUCUGCAGUGCCAUGGAGACAGGUUUCUGUGGAAUGCCGUGUCUUUUUAUCAGGAGUCGUCGUCCCUGCACUUCGCCACGCUGCAGGCCGAGCUCAGCGUCGAUAUUUCCUUUUACUUCAAGACCACAGCGCCCUCUGGAGUCUUCCUGGAAAAUCUGGGAGUCAGAGAUUUUAUCCGGCUGGAGCUGAGCGCUCCAUCAACAGUGACGUUCUUGUUUGAUGUCGGAAACGGUCCGCUCGUCCUGACGGUGAAGUCCCACGUUCCUCUGAACGAUAAGCAGUGGCAUCACAUCCGAGCUGAGAGGAACAUGAAGGAGGCGUCGUUGCAGGUGGACCAGCUUCCCCUGCGCUUCCUGGAAGCUCCGCCCGAUGGCCACGCCCGCCUGAAUCUCAACGGACAGUUGUUUAUUGGAGGAACCGUGUCCAGGCAGAAAGGAUUUCUGGGAUGCAUCAGAGCAUUAACUAUAAAUGGGCUGACCCUUGACCUGGAGGAACGUGCCAAAAUGACCCCGGGGGUGAGCGCAGGAUGUCCAGGUCACUGCAGCAGCCAGAAGCGACUGUGCCACAACCGAGGGCGGUGUAUCGAGAGGAACGGUGGAUAUGUGUGCGACUGCACACACUCCGCAUACGGAGGACCGAACUGUCAGACCGAAGUUUCCGUGUCUUUCGAGAGAGGCACAUCUGUGAUGUACACGUUCCAGGAGCCGUUCUCGGUGAUGCACAACACCAGCCGUCAGUCGUCGGCCAUUUACGCUCAGAGCAGCAAGUCUCGGGAAAAUGUAGCCUUCCGCUUCGUCACCACCAAAUCCCCCGCCAUGUUGAUGACGGUCACCACGUACCAGCAGCAGUACCUGGCCAUCAUCCUGGCUCAGAAUGGGAGUUUACAGAUUUGGUAUAAACUGAAGCAGGAGAAGGAGCCGGAUGUGUUCAUGCCCACGGGUCGCAGCCUGGCUAACGGCCAGCUGCACCGAGUCCAGCUCCACCGAGAGGGCAGGGACAUGUACGUCCAGGUGGAUAAGGAUGUGAGUCGGAAGUUCGUCCUCUCCACAGACCGAGAGUUAAACAUGAUCCGCUCUCUGACACUCGGCAAAGUCACCCGUGGAGUGGGCACGGAUGAGGCGGUGCUCCAGGCAGGAUCAAGAGGUUUCAUUGGCUGCCUCUCGUCAGUCCAGUUCAAUCACCUCGCUCCUUUAAAAGCAGCCAUUUUGAAUCGAGGGAGCUCGUUGGUCAGCGUGCUCGGGAAUCUGGUGGAGUCCAACUGUGGCGAGCUGGCCGACCGAUCGCUCUCACACUCACUGUCAGACCACACAGACGGAGAGAAGCAAGGGAAGGAGCGUCUGAAGAACUCUGAGCCGAGCGACUCGGCUGUGAUUGGAGGUUUGAUAGCAGCGUUGCUGCUGGUCGUGCUGUGCAUCAUGGCGGUGAUGAUGCAUUUCCUCUUGCGUUUUCGACGCGAGCGUUCCUGUCAGCCCAAAGAGAAGGACCCACGGGCUCAACCGGAGCUCAGGGACAGCAGGAAGGAGUACUUCAUAUGACCCCUAAAUGACCCCUUGGCCGAGUGACCCUAGAUCAGUUAUGCCAUUAGGGAGGAGGGCAGGAGAGCUGCUAGUGCCCUUAAUCCUCGUUCCCUUCCUCUGUAAGCUCCAGCUUGCUUUGUGCCCUCUAUCAGCUCGACCGUGGGAAAUGGGACACGACUGAGCAACGGAGAACGAAGCCACUCUAUCAAGGGAGAAAGUAAAACUUUUUUGGCCUUUGACCUUUGGCCUCAUGAACCCCUUGCUGAGUUUAGGGAGAAGAGCAGAGGCUAUCAGAACACUCAUAGUGCCCUUGAUGCUCGUUCUCUUCGUCCCUUCUGUACCAGUGAGGGUUGAUUGAGUGGAAUGGGACACAGACGAGACGAUGGAGAACGAAGUUGCUGUAUCAAGAAAGACAGGAGUACUUGAUCUGACCUUUGACCCUUAACCUUAUAAAUGGACUCCACAGUGGAGGUAAACAUGACAUCAAGGAGUGAAAGAAGACUUCAUAUGACCUCUGACUCUCGUUAGGAGGCCAGUCAAGCCCUCAGUGGGAAACACAUGCGCACACACACACACACACACAUAAAUGGCACAUUCUCUGAAUGCAGGGUGAACAGCAGAACGGUUCUCAUCAUCGCCGACUGUGGAAUCGGUGGCUGUUAUUAAUAAGAUUGCUCCUCCCACCCCAUUCGUUAUAUUAAUGAGAGUAUGUAUUCGUCAGUUGGAGUAUUAAUGGGACAGUGAAGGAGCAUCAAUGAGAGUACUAAGGAGAGUUUUGUUGAAAUAUAAAGGAGGGUUUCAAGGAGAAUAUUAAUGAGAGUAUUAAGCAAAGUAUUAAUGAGUCUUAAGGAGAGUAUUGUUGAGAGCGUUAAUGCAAGUAUUGAUGGGCGUGUUAAGAAGAGUACUGAUGAGUAUUAAUGAGAACAUUAAGGAGAUUAUAAAUGAGAGUAUAAAGCAGAGUAUUAUUGAGAGUUUUGCUGCGAAUACCACUGAGAGUAAUAAUGAAAGUAUCAAGGAGAGUGGUGUUGAGAGUAUUAAGGAGAGUGUUAUUGAGAAUAUAAAGCAGAGUAUUGCUGAGUAUUGAAGAGAGAAGUGCUAAGGGUAUUAUUAGAGUGUACUAUUGGAGUAUUAAUGAGAGUAUUUAUUGGAGUGAAUCAGUCAAAGUGCUGUGGAAAAUGGACACGGUCUUUAAAAGUGAUUUCACAUUUUCUUUUCGUGUCGAUCUCCGUGGAGUUCACGUACACGACUCACACUCGGAGUAGAAGAGGGAAGGAAGCUGAUUGGUCGAGACGUUGCGUUGCAUCACAAUUUUCCAUCACAUUAAAACAGCCUGAUAAUUUGUUAUUGCUUAUGGAUUUAUUUCAGCUUCUUUACUAAAGUCCACCUCUUAUCAUACGGAGACGCUACAUCACAUGACCAUCUUACUGUCAUCUGGUGUGUAAGAUGUUGAAGACGUACUCGUUCCACGUGUUUUCUAUUUUGAGAAAACGAAUAUUUAUGAUGGAUCAUGAGAUGGACGCUUUAUUGUGUUCCUAACUGAAAAAGUCUGAAAUUGUGGGUUUUUUUCUCCUAAAAUGUCAAUAAUUGGUUUAUUGUGUCGUCAGAGAGGGAUCAGGAACGAUUGUGGAAAAUGAUUGCUGGGAGAACUCUCACUACAUAUACAUGACCCAAAACAUCAUCAUCAUCAUCAUCAUGAUCAGCGUAAACAUGACGAGAGCACGCGAGUGGAAUGGAGCUGUGAAUCAUGGGAGCCGUCCAUCAUCCUGUCGCUCAAGCCGGUUGUGAGCAGAGCUCCAGUUCUUUACGUGCAGAAUUUCUUUUCCAUCAUGAGAUGUUUCAGGUGGUUUGAGAGCAGAUUUAUUACCUCCAUGUCGUCACACACUGCUGUUUUACUGAACAUCGACCACAGCUGCACAUCUGUCACUCGCACGAGCGACUGUUUACAGCUGCGAUAGCCUUUUACACCACAGCACUCUGUCAUCGAGUACAAUAUUUCAUUUAUUAAAGAACGAGACAUCCCGCGUUUAUCAGUUCUCAGUAACAGUGUCCUGUUCUCAGUCAUUCCUCUGUGGAGGAGUUCCAGCUUCACGUCUGACAGUUCCAGCGUGCUGACACUGGAGACUCCUUCCACACGUUACAUAAACGUCUUAUUUAUCAGGGAUUUCUUAAAACGUUUAUAAGGAGCAUCCGCUGUACACGCCCCUGAAACAACAACGUAUUAGAACGAGUGCAUUAAUAUAAACCUGCGAUCUACAGCUGCACUACUCAGAAACUCAGUCAGAACCUUCUGACCAAUCAGGAUCUAGAAUUAAACAGUGCUCAAUAAAAUGGAGACGAAUUCCUGAUUUAGCUCGACGACUUCUGAGCGUGUGUGUGUUGACUCAGAGCAGCGUCUUGUCUCUUUUCUCUCGUCGUGUCAGGCUGAAAGUGGAGAGGCAGCUGUGUCAGAUGUGUAUCCAGCUGUGAUGUCAGUAUGGGACAGCACGGAAAUGACAAACCUGCUCUCGAAACGCCUGGAGAUCAAAAACAGUGUCUGAUUUAGUGCCACAUCCAUCUCCACAUGGGUAAACUUCAGACAAGGAGAUUUUUUUUUUUUAGCUUCUGGGGUGAAGACGUGGAUCAAAUCAUGACGGUUUAUAGAAUAGAAAUAUGAGCAUGCAGCCGGGUCUGAAAGUCCAAGUCCAACAUUUGGUGUUUGAGAGCUGUAACGAGUCUGCAUGCUCAAAUUAAUUAACAUACAGACAGCUUUUGAAAUGUUUAAAUUGAUUUUUUUUUCUCCAAAUUAUAUGCAAUUUAGUUUUGAGGCAGCAAAACAAUUGGCGCUGGCACAAGUUAGAAGAUAAAAAAAACCCAAACAAGCCACACCCACUAAUUAGCACCACUGGGUACAAGUUUGACACAAAACUCGUAGCAAUGCUAACAUGCGAUGACCAUUUUGUUGGUGUUGACCCCACCCCUUACUGAAACCUUAGCCAAUCAGGAAUGAUGGUCACUGGAUGGUUGUAUUGCAUGACAAAGAGUUCCUCAUGGGUUCUUUGGAUAUUUACAGUACGGAUCCUGAUGAGGGUUCUGCGUCCAUAGCACUAAUCCACCGUAAACCAAGCAGCGACUUGAAUGUUUCAACCUUCAAACACUUUGUAGGUCACGAAAUGUUCCUGACUGGCUGGUUAACGAGGCUGGCGGGUUCGGAACACUCACACCGCUCCUCUAAAUGGCGCAGUUUUCAAAAUAUUCGAGUGUUAGCAUUGCUAAUCCUUUCCUCUUGGGUACAGCACGUCCACUCUUCCGGCUCUCGUAUUAAUCAAAAGAACCUUUUUUUUUUUGAAGUGCAUUUAAUCUCAUAAAUGUGGCUUCGAGCCUCACACACACACACACACACACACACACACACACACACACACACACACACACUGUAUAAUGUGUUAAAAUGA